UCUACGGCUGAUUCUGUUAUUAUAUAACAUGAACCAACAGGGUUUGCGGUUUGGGGAUGGGCAUGACAAAAAAAGGAAGAAGAAAAAGAAGUGAAAUUGGAUAGCAGCACUUCGCCGCUUACAGUCAUGUUUCCAGGGGGCCGUAUAGAAGACGGACUGGUAAACAUUACAAGCAUGGUGCACUACCGUAGACGGUCUGUGUGCAACCCUAAGACGAGCAAGCCUUGCUCUUAGGUGCUGCUACGUGUUAAGUUACGGACAAGGAAAUGUAAUUGGAGCUCGGCUAAGCGAGCUCAUUGAAACGUAGAUGUCCCGCUCGGUGCCGUCAGCUUUUCGCGAAUAUUUCGCGUUAAGUAGCUAAUUAGCACGUCAGCCCUGCUUUCAGUGAAGAUAUGAAAUUACUUUUCAUUGCCUGUCUCAGCCCCAAAACUGGGAACCAUACUACAGCUGAGAGAAUAAGGUCCUACAUUGAGUCAGCAGGACACACUUGCGAGCUCAGAGACGCAGGAGAGUUUCAGUCUCCUGCUGAUGUGGUAAAUCUGGUCUCUGAACAUCCUAAGUUUGAAGCUGCACUGGCUAUUCAUCUUUUCAAAGCGGGCAGACUUCUCAUGGAUAUUGAAAUACCCUUUGGCGUAAUCUUUGGCGGCACAGACAUAAAUGAAGAUGUGAAAGUGGAGCAGAAGCGUGUGGUUAUGGAACAGGUGCUACUGAAAGCAAGGUUUGAUUCAGAUGUCUCCAACCUGAAGUGCGAGCAGGAAGUGUCCCAAAGCAGCAAAAUCUACGUCCAGCCUCAAGGCAUCCAGACAGACGUUACUGAGAAAUUCUGCUGGACUGAAUUCCUGAGGAGCUCAGGUGUAAGGACUGAGCAUGUGGAUGAGCUGCGUGUCUUCCUAUUGGUCUGUGGCCUCAGAAGAGUCAAAGACCCCCUCUAUUUGGUGGAGGUUUUUUCAAAGUGGCAUUGUGAGAAUCUGCUGAAUGUGUUAGUCAUUAUUGGACCCAAGAUUGAUCCCGUUCUUUCUGCUGAAGUAGAAACGGUUGUUAAAAGAACAGCAGGGGUGUUCUUGGCCCAGGAGAGGUGCCAACAGGAGCUUCAUGCUGCCAUGAAAAGGUGCUUCGCUGUGGUCAACAGCUCUGUUUCAGAGGGCAUGUCAGCAGCCAUCUUGGAGGCCAUUGAUCUCGGGGUACCUGUGCUGGCUAGAAACAUUCCAGGAAAUGCAGCUGUGGUGCAGCAUGAGGUCACCGGCCUUCUGUAUUCUUCUCCUCAGGAAUUUGUGCAUCAAUCUCAGAGGCUGUUGUCGGAUCACGAGCUGAGAGAGAGAGUGGUGAGGAAUGGAAAACUCUACGUGGAAGAGCGUCACGGCGUGAACCAGGAGAGAGAAACUUACCAGCGACUGGUGGACACUUUGCACUGAGCACAUUAAACUGCAAUCUGUAAACUUUCUCAGGGGCUUCAGCAGGAGAGAAGAAGAGCGCGACACUAGUCUCUCUUUGUUGCACAGGUAUAAUUAUGCUCGUUUGCAUAAUAAUGCGGUUUUAUCUGUACUACCUGACUGAAAAUUAUGAUGAAGAGUGCUUUAAACCAAAGACAUAUGACAUUUAUGAUGGACUCUUAUUUAUGGUUUAAUUAUGAUAAAGGCAUGGAUACUGUGAUUAUUCAUUCUGCAUAUUAAAUGGUUAUUGAUCUAAAAAA